AGGAAAGCCCCCGGGAGCCGAGCCCCGCUCCGGACCCGCUCGGGCCGCCGGCGCCGCAGCGUUGUGCGCAGUGCACCAUCCCCGAGCGGGACACAGAAAGGAACCCGCCACGACCGGGCGGAAGGGCGCCGGGGUUGCUAAGGGAACGCGGUCUCGCCCGCUCCGGGGCGGUGGCGGCGGCGCCUCCACUCUUCUGUCCGUCUUUUCUUCUUCCUCCUCUUCUUCCUCCUCUUCUUCCUCCUCUUCUUCCUCUUCUUCUUCCUCUUCUUCCCCAGGCGCGGCGGCGACUCAGUAUACUUUGACAAGGGAAGGAGUUUGCCAUUUGGGGAAAAAAAAACAACUCAGCAGUGUGUUUACAUGGCUUGACAGUUGACUCCAAGAACUUCAAGAAAGCUGACAUUUGAAUGACUGAAUAAUCAUUAUGGGACUCCUGGACAAGCUGUCCAGCUUGCUUGGCCUGAAGAAGAAAGAAGUUCAUGUUUUGUGCCUGGGGUUAGAUAACAGCGGCAAAACUACUAUUAUUAACAAACUUAAACCAUCUCAUGCUCAAACCCAAGACAUAGUUCCUACAAUAGGAUUCAGUAUAGAGAAAUUCAAGACAUCCAGUUUGUCUUUCACGGUGUUUGACAUGUCAGGUCAGGGAAGAUAUAGAAAUCUUUGGGAACACUAUUACAAGGAAGGCCAGGCUAUUAUUUUUGUCAUAGAUAGCAGUGAUAAAUUAAGAAUGGUGGUGGCCAGAGAAGAACUUGAAACUCUUUUGAAUCAUCCAGAUAUUAAGCAUCGUCGAAUACCUAUUUUAUUUUUUGCGAAUAAGAUGGAUCUCAGAGAUGCCGUGACAUCUGUAAAAGUGUCUCAGUUGUUGUGUUUGGAAAGCAUUAAAGAUAAACCCUGGCAUAUUUGUGCGAGUGAUGCUAUUAAAGGAGAAGGAUUACAAGAAGGAGUAGACUGGCUCCAAGAUCAGAUUCAAGCAGUGAAGACAUGAAAACCCAGUGAUGGUGAGAAGUUCAUGAACUUAAGUGAUUGUUUCAUUCUAAAAGUGUCUAUUCCUUGAAGAGGAUCGAAGGCUAUAAUUCCAUAAAAAAAACUUAACUUUUAAAACCCAGUUCAAUCUCCCGUUUGCUUCCACCAGCUCAGAAAUAGUAAACUCAUAGGAACAUAGCAUCUCAGGCAUGCUAAUUCAGUUCCUGAAUUAGAUUCAGAUUAUUUCUUCCUUCAGAAGAGAUAGAGUGCCAUUCAAUCUAUGGUUAAAUGUCUGCAUUCAUUUUAAAAAGUUUUCCUGUGUAAAACUCAACACACAGACCAGGAAAAUCAUAUUUUAUCUUUCAUGGAUUUUCUUUUUAUCUCUCUAAAAUAUUUUGAAUAUUUAAUAGUGUGUUGUCUCAACAUUUUAAAAACUUGGUGCAUUAUAUAAGUUUUAAGUGUAAAUUAUGUUUUGAAAAAUGACUGCAGAUGUUUCUAAGGAGAUGCUUUGUAUUUGCUAUGUAAUUAAAAUGUUAUCUGUGAUGUGUUAAACUCAAUAAAGUGAAAAUGGAACACGUGGAUGGUUGUGUGGUGUUUAGAGUAAAAAAAAUUGUAAGUAUGGCUUUUAAGGAAGUACAAAUGGUUAACAGCUGAAUUUCUCUGAGCCUUUUGUUUUGGUGUAUAUAACAGAACUUUAUUACAGAAACUGAAUGUAUAUGAUUUUCUUCCACUGACUAGAUCAAGCUGAUGAUUCACAAGAUUUCAGGGGAUUGAUGUUUAACAAGUAUUGACCCCCUUUGACAUUUAGUCUUUAGACAUUAAUUUUUUUUUUUGUCUCUUUAGCCCCCUGAACUUGUCACUCAGCUAGUCAAUAAUGCUAUGUAAAAAUGUGUGUGCUUUAGUGGAAUAUUACUAGAGUCUCUUAGAUAUAAGUUUGCAUCUUAAAUAUGCAAAAUCUUUAUUUUAAUAUAUAUACUAUGUUAAGCCUGCAUGCUUACUUCUUGGGAAACAAGUUAGACUUGUAGCCAUUCAUAGCUUUUCUCCAAAAAGAUAAAUGGAAGGUUAUGUCCCAAUUCUGAGGAAACCAUAGUUCUAAAGGAACUCCUGUUAUGUUGAAAGUAUGUGUAUUUGGAGCCUUUCUAAAUAUCCCCUUCUGAGUGAAUUCAAAAUACACAAAGAGAGAAGGAAAAUAUGUGGCAAAUAUAUGGAACUGGGCCCAGGAAAAGUGAAAUAUCUGUGUGUUCACAGACACUUAAGGUAAACUAAUUUUGAAACCAGUAAGAGCUUAACAGUCUGUUUCAGAAAGGAAAUAAGAAGGAAGACUUCAGGUUUAGACUAAACAGUGUUUUUGCCGUAUCAACACUCAACAAAACUAGUGUCCUCUUGGAAUGUGGGAAUUUCUGACUUGUUUCUUUAACUUCAAUUCUACUUAAUAUUUUGAUGUAAAGAUUACAUACAAACAGGCAGGAUUGAUAUUCAGGAGCAAAAAUACAUUAGUUUUCUGUGUUAGCUUCAGAAAUAUCUUGUAAGAUUUUAAAAUCUAGGCUUCAGCAACUGCUUUGCAUUUAGGAUUUGAAUCAAAUACAUUUUAGUCACAGACAAAUCCAAGCUCCAGUAUUCAGGCAAUUUUGUUUACACUUGAGAAUGACUGUGUUGUGAAAUUCAAACCAUUAUGUUUUCAAUUUUGGUUCCAAAUGAAGUUUUCAUAAUGAACAAAACUGCUGUUAGUCUUCUGCCAGGAGUCAUGUUCUGUAUUUUCCAUUUACAGAACUGUUUGCUAAAAAUGUUGCAUACUUGUCCUAGAAAGCUCGGAAUUUACUUUGGUUUUUGUGAUUAAAAUUUGGGAAGGUA